AUGAGGUUCAGCUGGCUUGAGGUCGCCGUGACGGCUGCCUCAUUGGCCAAUGCCAAUGUUUGUAUUCCUCUGUUCCCUUGGUAUGUCUCUUCCCCUCCAUUUUACCCGUCGCCUUGGGCAAAUGGUCAGGGAGAAUGGGCGGAGGCGCAUCAACGCGCUGUCGAGAUCGUUUCUCAGAUGACACUCACAGAAAAAGUCAACUUGACAACGGGCACUGGUUGGAUGAUGGAAGAAUGCGUUGGUCAGACAGGCAGUGUUCCUCGACUUGGUAUCAACUGGGGUCUUUGCGGUCAAGAUUCCCCCCUGGGUAUCCGUUUUUCCGACCUCAAUUCGGCUUUCCCUGCUGGCAUCAAUGUUGCGGCAACAUGGGAUAAGACGCUCGCGUACCUCCGUGGCAAGGCAAUGGGUGAAGAGUUCAAUGACAAGGGUAUCGAUAUCCAACUGGGCCCGGCUGCUGGUCCCCUGGGGAAAUAUCCCGAUGGUGGUCGGAUCUGGGAAGGCUUCUCUCCCGACCCAGCUCUUACUGGCGUGCUUUUCGCAGAGACCAUCAAGGGUAUUCAGGAUGCUGGCGUGAUUGCUACUGCCAAGCAUUACAUUCUCAACGAACAGGAGCAGUUCCGUCAGGUUGCGGAGGCCCAGGGAUACGGAUAUAACAUCACCGAGACUCUGAGUUCCAAUGUGGAUGAUAAGACUAUGCACGAAUUGUAUCUCUGGCCAUUCGCAGAUGCUGUGCGCGCUGGUGUGGGCGCUAUCAUGUGUUCCUACAACCAGAUCAACAACAGCUACGGUUGCCAGAACAGCCAGACUUUGAACAAGUUGCUGAAGGCCGAGCUUGGCUUCCAGGGCUUUGUCAUGAGCGACUGGAGCGCCCACCACAGCGGUGUUGGCGCUGCUCUGGCUGGCUUGGACAUGUCGAUGCCUGGCGACAUUUCUUUUGAUGAUGGUCUCUCUUUCUGGGGUGCCAAUAUGACGGUUGGUGUCCUGAACGGGACCAUCCCGGCCUGGCGCGUGGACGACAUGGCUGUCCGUAUCAUGACGGCUUACUACAAGGUUGGACGCGAUCGCCUUCGCGUUCCCCCCAACUUCAGCUCGUGGACUAGAGACGAAUACGGCUACGAGCAUGCUGCUGUUUCCGAGGGAGCCUGGAAAAAGGUCAAUGAUUUUGUCAACGUGCAACGCGACCAUGCCCAGCUGAUCCGCGAGGUUGGCUCCGCUAGCACUGUGCUUCUCAAGAACGUUGGUGCACUCCCGCUAACCGGCAAAGAGCGUAAAGUGGGUAUCUUUGGAGAAGAUGCUGGCUCGAACCCAUGGGGCCCCAACGGCUGCGAAAACCGGGGCUGCGACAAUGGAACCCUUGCGAUGGCUUGGGGUAGCGGUACUGCCGAGUUCCCUUAUCUCGUGACACCAGAGCAGGCAAUCCAGAGCGAGGUCAUCAAGAACGGGGGCAAUGUCUUCCCCGUGACUCAUAACGGCGCGCUGACCCAGAUGGCGAAUAUUGCCUCUCAAUCUUCCGUCUCGCUUGUGUUUGUCAAUGCCGACGCUGGAGAAGGAUUCAUCAGUGUUGAUGGUAACAUUGGUGACCGCAAGAACCUCACCCUUUGGAAGAAUGGCGAGGAAGUCAUCAAGACUGUGGCUAGCCAUAGCAACAACACCGUCGUUGUUAUCCACAGUGUCGGCCCAAUCCUGGUCGAUGAAUGGCAUGACAACCCCAACAUCACGGCUAUCCUCUGGGCCGGCUUGCCCGGCCAGGAGAGCGGCAACUCCAUUGCCGACGUGCUUUACGGCCGUGUCAACCCCAGCGCCAAGACCCCUUUCACCUGGGGCAAGACGCGCGAAUCCUACGGUGCUCCCCUGGUCACUAAGCCUAACAAUGGCAAUGGAGCUCCCCAGGAUGAUUUCAGCGAAGGUGUCUUCAUUGACUACCGUUACUUUGACAAGCGUAACGAGACGCCGGUUUAUGAAUUCGGCUUCGGAUUGAGCUACACCUCCUUUGGCUAUUCUCACCUUCGCGUCCAACCUCUGAAUGGUUCCACUUAUGUCCCUGCCACCGGCACGACUGGACCUGCGCCAGCUUACGGAAGUAUCGGUAGCGCUGCGGAUUACUUGUUCCCCGAGGGGCUCAAGAGGAUUACCAAGUUCAUCUAUCCAUGGCUGAACUCGACCGACCUCAAGGCUUCCUCUGCAGACCCGAACUACGGCUGGGAGGACUCCGAGUACAUUCCCGAGGCUGCUACCGAUGGCUCUCCUCAGCCUAUUCUCAAGGCGGGCGGUGCUCCUGGUGGCAAUCCCACUCUUUACCACGACUUGGUCAAGGUGUCCGCUACCAUCACCAACACGGGUAAUGUUGCGGGCUACGAGGUUCCUCAACUGUAUGUGUCUCUUGGUGGACCCAAUGAGCCCCGAGUCGUUCUGCGCAAGUUCGACCGCAUCCACCUCGCCCCCGGAGAGCAGAAGGUCUGGACCACAACGCUGACGCGCCGUGAUCUCGCCAACUGGGACGUGGAAGCGCAGGACUGGGUCAUCACCAAGUAUCCCAAGAGGGUUUACGUCGGAAGCUCCUCUCGAAAGCUCCCGCUGAGAGCACCUCUGCCCCGGGUACAGUAG